CGCUGAACUCUCGCGAGAAGGAAGAAUUUCGCGGGAAUUCGUCGGUUGAAAUAGCAUCUGACAGGGUUGUCUUUGUUAUCAAAAUCGAUAAAAUUUCUAAUAAAGAAAAAAUGCCACCAAAGAAAAGGAAUCCAGAUAGUAAGGGAAAUUCCCAAGCAAAACGAAGAAAGAAGAAAAAUGAUGAUAUUGAAGAGUUUGAUGAUAUAGACUCCGGUGGAGAAAUGGACCACAACACAAACAAUGGCACGGAAACAGAUGAAACUUACGAUGUUACUCUAGAGGGAUCAAUGCUCACUGGAGAAUUGCUGAUCAGUGGGGGAACAAACUGGGACCUGAUAGGAAGGAAAUCUGUGCCAAAGGGAGCUAAGAAUGCGGGUGGUCCCAAUCUCUGGCGUCCACACAGGAUAUGUAACAUGCUGGGAGUAAAGGUUAGAUCUGCUAUCUCGGGGUGCACUGCUUGUCAUAGUGUCAUCAUCACAGCUGAUGGAAAAGCUAUGACUUUUGGUAGAAAUGACUGUGGUCAACUUGGACAAGGUGACACGAACAGAAAGGACCUCCCCACAGAAGUUCCGCUCCUAGAGGGACUCAAUAUUGUAGACGCAUGCUGCGGCAAAAACCACACACUGUUUCUUACAGACAAAGGUCAUGUGUAUGCAUGUGGAGACAACAAAAUGGGACAGUUAGGCCUAGGGCACCAGAGCAGCACAAUUCUGGUACCAACAAAGAUAUCAUACAAAGGUCCUCCUAUCAGAAAAGUAGCUGCUGGAGGGGAAUUUUCUAUGAUAGCAGACAUAAGAGGAAAUCUGUACUCCUUUGGGUGUCCAGAGUAUGGACAAUUAGGUCACAACACAGAUGGGAAGUACUUUGUUACUAGCAAUAAGAUGUCCUUUCGAUGUGAGACACGACCUAGGAAGGUGAAUGUCUUCAUAGAGAAGGCGAGGGAUGGUCACAUUGUACCUGUAACAGACGUAGAAAUCAGGGAGCUGGUGUGUGGCAUGAAUCACACGGCAAUCAUAGAUUCUAAGAAGAGGGUCUUUACUUGGGGGUUUGGAGGAUAUGGUCGGCUUGGACAUGCUGAACCUAAAGAUGAAAUGGUGCCACGUCAUUUGAAAUUCUUUGAUGGGCCUAACAGAGGAGCAACCCAGAUAUAUGCUGGAUCAACUUUCACUUUGGCUACAAAUGAAUUUGGUGCACUCUACAUGUGGGGGAUAAAUAAGUCAGUGGGUGAGGCAGCCAUGUAUCCUAAACUAGUCCAGGACCUCAGUGGCUGGAGAAUCCGAAGUGUGGGAUGCUGCAAUAAAAGCAUCCUGGUAGCAGCAGAUGAAAGCUUAAUAUCCUGGGGGCCAAGUCCUACUUAUGGAGAGCUGUGUUAUGGAGAAGACAAGGCCAAAUCCUCCACAACUCCUCAGGAAGUGAAGACCCUCUAUGGUGGAUAUGUACAGGCCGUGGGGUGUGGGUACGGACACGCGCUUCUCAUUCUUAGGGCCGACUCAGAAGACGACAAGGGGAAGAUUGAAAAAGUGAACGUGUUUAAGCCAUAACUGGCUCCUAGUGAAGGAAGCAUAGGAUCAUGUAAAUAAUCUAGUAACUGAACAAAACCAUUGAAUCAUAUUGAUAUUGAUUGCACAUUUGUUCUACCUCUUCUUGGUAUAGACAAAACCUUGCAAUAAUUAUUUAAAUUUUAGAUAAGUCUAUUUGUGUAAUGUUGUCUAUGAAAGAGUUAGUUUUUAUGUUUAUCGUCUUUUCAUUAUGUCUUUUUCCAGUAUUGAUUAAGCGAAAAAGUGGUGCACAAGUUAAAAGUCUUGAUAUUCUUGCAUAAUGAUUUUUAUUGUGUAAAACAUGGUUAAUAUUUAGCAGUUGAAU